AUGUAUAUCCCUAUCGGUGAGCAGAGAGAGAGAGAGAGGCGACCAAUGGGCAACUCCUCCGAGACGAAUUUACAGAGCCUGGAUAUUCUGCCGACGGCACUCGUGGCCACCAUCAUGACAAAUCUCGAUGUCCCUUCGAUCUGCUCUCUCGCAGCCACUUGCAAGGCCUUCAAUCUCUGCGGUUCUCAAAUCCUCUCUUUUCUCCCCAAUUUUCACCUCCUCGACAUUUCACCAACGAUUGACUUGUUGAAACCCUUAUUGCCUCCGAACCCUUACCUUCGAAGCCUCAGAGUCGAUUGUGCUCGGCUCGAUGAUUCGGCGAUUGAUCAUCUCCUUCGGCCUUCUUUGGAGGAGCUAUGUCUCCAUAAUUGCGCCGAUUUUAGUGGCAAGCUUCUUUCUGAGGUUGGAGGUCGAUGCAAAGACCUCAGGUCUUUAUACUUGAGUUCAGUAGCUGAUAAAAGAGGGAGAUCAAUUCAUGUAUCUGACCUUGAGGAGUUACUCGGUGGUUGCGCUCAAUUGGAAACAUUGAUCCUCAUGUUUGAUGUCUCAAUCUUUCUUCGACACAAUUUUGCUCAUGUCUGGGCUGUGGCUUCUGCAAAACUCACUUCUCUUGAGAUAGGGUACGUUUCUUCAGUAAUGGUGACUGAACUGCUUAGCCCAACUGCAGGGCCUUACCAUUCACAAAAUCAGAUUCGGUCAUCAGUAUUGCCAAAACCCACAGUUGCAUUUGACCUCACCAACUCUGGCCUUCAACAAAUUAAUCCACAUGGGAAAUUGAAACACCUUUCUUUGGUCCGAAGCCAGGAGUUUGUCGUUACAUACUUUAAGCGAGUUAAUGAUCUUGGGGUCCUCUUUAUGGCUGAUAGAUGCUCAAGCGUAGAAAGUAUAUGUCUUGGUGGCUUUUGUCAGGUCACGGAUACAGGUUUCAAAACAAUCUUGCAUUCUUGCACCAGCUUAUACAGGCUCAGGGUGUCUCAUGGAGCUCACCUAACUGAUCUGGUAUUUCAUGACAUUGAUGCCACUUCCCUUUCACUGACACAUGUUAGCUUCAGAUGGUGUAAUCUUUUGACAAACCUCUCUGUCAUCCGAUUGGCAUCUAACAUGGAUCUAAGCGUUCUUGACUUGAGAGAUUGUAGAAGCCUUGGUGAUGAAGCCCUUCGAGCCAUUAGCAGUCUCCCUAAACUGAAAACAUUGCUGAUAGACGGCGCUGAUAUAAGUGAUUUGGGAUUGUCAUACCUAAAACGAGGUGUAAGGAGUUCGCUUGUUUCACUAUCCGUUAGAGGGUGCAAAAGACUUACGGACAAAUGCGUCUCUUUUCUAUUUGAUUGCUCAUGUAACCUAGAGUUGCGAGAAUUGGACCUAUCAAAUCUUCCUAACCUAUCUGAUGCUGGUUUGUUGUUGCUUGCAAAAAGUCGUGUCCCAAUAGUUGAGCUUCGAAUGCGACAAUGCCCACUCAUAGGCGACAUUACGGUCAUUGCAUUAGCCUCGAUGCAAGUUGAUGAGGGCAGGUGGCAUGGAAGUAGCUUACGGCUGUUGGAUAUUUAUAACUGUGGCGGAAUUACACAACUUGCAUUCCGGUGGUUAAAGAAGCCUUAUUUCCCUGUGUUGAGAUGGUUGGGAGUGAGUGGAAGCGUAAAUAGGGAUAUGGUAGAUGUUUUAGCCAGAAGUAGACCAUUCUUGCAUGUCGCGUAUCGUGGUGAGGAGCUGGGGACUGAUCAGUGGGAUUAUUCGGAUGAUCUGUACAUGCACGACUAUGAAGAAGUUGAUGAACUAGAACAAUGGCUUCUUGAUGGAGAAAACGGGAUUGAUGAUGAAGAGAUGGAAGAAGCUGAAAAUAAUGCAGAACUGGAGUAA